AUGGAUACGCCUACCACUGCACCUGAGCGUGCCUCCUUCCUCACGAUCCCCUGCGAGCUCCGCAAUCAAAUUUACAUGCACAUCUUCCAGCCGAAUGCAUCAGACUUCUAUCCCACCCUUCCAGUCAGACCAGAUGCGAUAGCGACAGCAUUGAACCCAGAAACUCCAAAAGCAUCCCUUCCGAAACUCUACCACGCCGAUCGAACCUCCACGCACCUCGGUCUCCUUCGAACUUGCAAGCAGAUCCAAGCCGAAGCACAGCUCCUCGCUCUAUCCAUGACGCCCUUCCGCCUCGAAGGAGAAUGCACAUAUCCAGAACUCUUCGACAUCCGCUCGCGACCCCUCUCCGCCUCGAAAAUCGGUGCAAUUCGACACAUCACUCUCACAGCACGAAUCGGUCACUUACGAGCACUGAACGAAGCAUGGCUAGGCCUUCCAUUCGGCCAUCCGAGUCUACAUCUAGACACACUCCUCAUAAUCCCCAAAAGACCGACCAACUACGUCGACUCGUUUGCAGAAAUCGCAGAUCUGAGUCAGUCACAUACAUUGGCAUACAUUUUCUGCGAGACGUUGAAAGGUCUGCGCAAUGUGCAGUGCGUGGAGAUCAGGAAUGUCGGAUGUUUUAAUGAGGUGGUGUGGGGAGGUGGGAAGUGUGGAGUCAAGUUCUUGAGUGGGGAGUGUAAUGCUGGAGGGACGGAGAUUGAUGAAAACCGCUGGUUUAGAGCAUACCUCUCCAGUAAAGACGACCAAGGUAAUGAAUGUGGCGAGGAAGUGGUGCGACUCGUUGGAACUGAUGUCCGUGCAAAUGAAUCUAUCACUUGGCCGAACGUGCCAGUCAAGAAACGUAUUGAGACUGCAUCGGGCUGA